UAGUUCUUCAAUCUAUUCUUUUCCUUGAGUUCAUCAUCAACAUUAACAACCCAAUAAAAUUAUCAUAUAACAUAGGAAAAAGAAUAGAAAUGACUUAUAUUAUGAGAUCAUCUUUCAUUCUUUUCUUUGUUAGCACCCUUUUUCUCCAAGGCACUCUAGGGAGUUUCAUCUGUGAGGAAUUGCCAACAAAUGUAUGUGGAUUCGCGAUCGCGACAUCAGCCAAAAGGUGUUUGUUGGAAAAUUCAUCAGGGAACGAUGGGAAAGUUGAGUACCAAUGCAAGACAUCUGAGGUUGUUGUUGCAAACAUGAGGGAACACAUUGAGACAGAUGAAUGUGUCGAUGCUUGUGGCGUCGAUAGAAACUCUGUUGGAAUUUCUUCUGAUGCUCUGCUUGAUUCUCAAUUUACCUCAAAACUUUGCUCCCUUGAUUGUUACCAUCAUUGUGCCAACAUUAUUGACCUUUACUUCAACUUAGCUGCUGGUGAAGGUGUGUAUUUGCCUGAUUUAUGCAACAAACAGAGGACUAACCCACACCGUGCCAUGGCUGAGCUAUCGAGCAAUGGAGGUCCAAUGGAAGGUGCAGCUGAUGCUCCAGCUCCGUCCCCUGUUUCUUUCUAAUUUGUUCCAACACACAUUUGAAAAAAUUGUAAUACUACAACAUAUACACAUUUUCCAUUACUUUCUAUUUUAAAAAAAAUAUAUUGCCAAUGUUGUGUUUUUAUAUGGUGAAAAAAAGAAGGAUGUGGGGGGAAUUUGGGUUUAUUUCUAAUUCCCUUGGAUUUGUGAUCUACAUCAAAAACUGAAUGAAUAUUAUUCUAUUGGGAUUGCAUCAA